AUGGGUUUGGAAUGUUAUACAGUCUUGGAAUGUAUCGGAGAAGGCUCAUUCGGUCGUGUCUUUCGUGGAAGGAGAAAAGAAACGGGACAGAUUGUGGCUAUGAAAUUUAUUCCUAAAGUCGGAAAAAGUGAGAAUGCGCUGAAAAAUUUGAAGCUAGAGAUUGAAAUAAUGAGGUCGAUGCAUCACACUAACAUAAUCGAAAUGCAAGACUCUUUUGAAACGGAAAGAGAAGUAGUUGCUAUCACUGACUAUGCUGAAGGGGAUCUUUUCCAAAUAAUUGAAGAUGAUGGACGUCUUUCAGAAGAGACGGUCAGGUCCGUGGCCUGCCAGUUAGUCUCUGCCCUGUACUACCUUCAUGCUAAUCGUAUAUUGCACAGAGAUAUGAAGCCACAAAACAUUUUAUUAGGCCAAGAUGGCGUGGUUAAGUUGUGUGACUUCGGGUUUGCUCGUGUUAUGGGUUGGAAUACCUUGGUCCUUACAUCUAUAAAGGGAACUCCUUUGUAUAUGGCACCAGAAAUUAUCGAGGAGAAGCCCUAUGACCAUACAGCUGAUCUCUGGGCGUUGGGUUGCAUACUGUACGAACUGUUCGUUGGCACUCCACCAUUUUAUACAAACAGUAUUUUUCAACUUGUCAAAAUGAUAACAAAGACUUCUAUUCAAUGGCCGUCUGACAUGUCUUCAGUCUUCAAAGAUUUUUUGGCUAGAUUACUUCAAAAGGAUGUUCGGCAAAGACUGCAAUGGCCAGAUCUUCUGGAUCACCCAUUUGUCUGCGACAAGAUUGAAAUAUCCCCGGGUGUUCGUCUCCUCUCUAGCCCACUGACUCAACCGCUGACUCCGACUCAACUGGCAGAAAAAGAACGACAAAGACUGCUAAUGUUGCGACCAAAUGGAUCACGAGUGUUGAGACGUGCUGGAGGCGACCAGUUCAGUAAACUUAAACAAGUUAAAGAAGAAGACAAGUUGGAUGACUCUUUGGAUCAUCGUCGGGGUAAAUCUGUUGCUAAAGAUUUACCAGGAUCAGAUCCAAGAGUUGAUGUGGUUGAAAGGAGGUAUGCAAAAAAUUUGUUUGAUAAACCUCCGUUGUCAAAAUUUGGAGAAAAAGGGAAAGUAAUCAGACCAAAAUCACACACAAAGGCUAUUGAGGAACACAAUGAAUUAUUAAGAAGGCCAAGUUCGGCGGACAAUGAACAGGGAGGAAAUGAGCAAUCAACACAAAAUUCCUCAACUAAUCGACCACAAAGUUGUGAUACAUUAGAUUCAGAAAAGAAAGCUCCAGAAUGGUCCCAAUUCGAAGAUACUGCAGUUGAACCUCCUACUCCAAGAGAAAAUCGAAUAUCCUCUGAUUAUGAUCGUGAAAAUGCGGUAAUUGAGCGUUUUCAACAAAGUAAUCGCGAAAUUUGUAAUGUAGCUAAUAAGCAACAUUCUGUAGUAGGUGAUUAUCACUUGACAGAUGAAACAACGACAGAAACAUGUGAAACUAAAAAUACUGUUAAACUCAGUCGUCAAGGCGUCAGAAAACAAAGUUCACUCGAUGCAUUCGACAAAAUGCCUAGAACACAUCGUGCAAUGGAAUAUACUGGUUGGUGGCUUAGAGCUAGUGCAGAAGCCUGGGAACGUUUAGCUGAUGCAACAGAUAUUGAAUUCCCUCAUCCACCUGGAUGUGAGACAGAAAAUACUCGACAUUCUUUAGAAAUUAAUAGACAACCUAAACGAAGAACAGCGCUCAGUUUACUGUGUGAUAGUGAAUUCGGUCAGCGAUUAUCGUUGAGACUGGCAUCAGCUUCUGUUAUUGAUGAUAAAGCUGCCUGGCAGUCCAUACAUCCAUGGGCAUCGGCUUUAACUGAACGUCCUUCAUCGACAUCUCAUAAUCGUCCAGUUUCUGCUGGGACUAAUGUACCCAAAGAGUUUUCAAAUGAUGUAGUAUUUGGACUUGAAGCAGCCGCCUAUUUAAGAACGUUACUUCGUUUGGUUACAAAUUUAAUCACAGUUAAAUGUGAUGUUACCAUUAUUGUACAAUUCUGUGAAGUGACGGAACUACCAGUACAACUGAUUAAAUUAAUGCAAUCGUUUAUUAACUGUACAAAAUUGCAUCAAAAAAUGUGGUAUGAACAAAUCCUCUUGGAUCUUAUUAUAGCGAUGAAUGCAUACUUUGUCAGUGAAAUUGGUCAAAGACAAGCUAUUCCACAUUCUGUAUUAAGAGGAUAUACAGAACAUGCACUUUGUUUCAUUGAACUUGUACCGAGACUUGUGAAUCAGGAAUGUGAUAAAGAAUUACAUUUACGCGACCAAACUUUGCUAUGUAUUCGGUAUUUGAUUGAACGUAUGGUUGAAAGACCGCCAACAAUUGUUGAGGAAUUUUUCACUGAAUUAAAGAAACAUCAUCUACAGACAAUAAAAACCCUAGUUUUAAUGCCAUCUGUCAGUCGAUAUAGUUUAGCUGAUGCCGAUAUUAACCGCUUAGACGAUAUACGUGAACAUGCUAUGGGUGCAUUAACCGCUUUUACAUGUCCGUUGUCUACAGUAUGCGUGUCAAAUGAACCGUCAAGUGGUUUGAAUACUGACACUUCUGAUACAACUAUCAUGAAGCCGGUGAAAUUUUCAAUUCGAACUCAUGAGAUUGCAAUGUUCAUUGCAAAUCAGUUAUGCCAACCGGAGUUGGAAACACAUUUACGCGUUUAUAUCUCCUAUCUAUGGGUUAAUCGUUUAUGUAUACACACAGCAAAAGUACUUUAUGACUGUGUACAAGCUGAUGCAUUAUUUGCUCAUUAUUGUAUCAAAAAAUUCCCUAUUUACUUGGAAGCAUUAUUAGAUUUAUUACGUGGUAGUGUAAGUGAUUAUAUUCUUUAA